CUUCAGUAAAGCUUGGUUCUCUUUCCACACCUUGCAGGGCGCUCCUCACUGAGAUGUCAGCCACUUGCGCGCUCAGGAUACUGCUGGAUGCGCUCCGGGCUAUGACACCUGCAGCGCCCGCGCACCGCGCCGGGUCCUCGAACCCGCAAGCACGCAGUCCAGGGAGUCUGCCCAUCCGGGGCUCACGGACUCGGGUAGGGAAAGGCCACUGCAGCUUUUGACACACCUCGGUCUACGCCUAUACUCCAAAGUCUGGCUGCGCCCUACUGUUUCGCCCCCUCAUACCCGCGCCAUCUUCCUUCCCACGGCGCACCUCCAGUCCCCACCAAGGCGAAACAGAUGAGAGAGACUGCAGCCUGGGCCAAUACCUUGAUUAUAGAUUUGUGGAAGACCCUGAAGCAGAGGACCCAGAUAAUCCAUGUCCAGAUUCCUGACCCACAGAAAGUGUGGAACAAUAGAUGUGUGCUGUUUUAAGCCACUAAAUUUCGGGUGGUACAGCCCAGCCUCGGGUUUAGCGUAAACCUGGCUCCUCCGCUUGUACGGAACUGGCCGGCCUCUCAAGAUGGCGGCCCCCUGGGAGGCACAGCGCACGGGGGCAGCCAUAUUGCCUCCUGAACAAAGCACCGGAGGAUGCGGAGUGGGCAAAACCGCCCGGUAGGCCUGGGAGCGCCGCGCUUUGCUCACCCAGACAGGAAGCGGGAGAGUUCGCCACUAUGGAUGUGACAGCCGUCCUGGGUUAAGCUGCGACGGGCGUUUCUGGAUCUGGAUUUGAUAAAUGAACUGCAGAUCUAAUUUGACAUAGCUUGGAAUACCCCAUAUAAAACAGCCUCCGUGGCGUGGGAGCACUCACUUCCUCUGAACAAGUUCAGUCAUGUCUGCAUGACUCCUUCUGGGACUGAGAAAGAUUUACCAGGUUGGCCUAUCAUCUACCUGACUUCUGUGGUAGUUGUUUCUACGCUGGUGAACAUGGAAGCUGCAGUCUGGAUCUGGUCUGUGAAAAUAUCCUUCUGAUUGCCAGAAUUUUGAAAAAUUUUGUUUUUUCAGGCAUCUGCCCUUUUAGAAGAGAGCAGAAAAUGAUGAAGUCCCACGGGUUAGUAUCAUUCAAGGACGUGGCUGUGGAUUUCACCCAGGAGGAGUGGCAGCAGUUGGAUCCUGCUCAGAGGACCCUGUACAGGGAUGUGAUGCUGGAGAACUACAGCCACCUGCUCUCAGUGGGGCAUCCAGUUUCCAAACCAGAUGUCAUUUCCAAGUUGGAACAAGGAGAAGAUCCGUGGAUCAUAAAGAGAGACAUGCCAAAUUGGGUCUAUCCAGGUGAAAAUCAGGCAGAUGGGAAUUUUAUCUUCUUUCCUUUAGACAGGAAGAGUAACCUUGACAACCCCCAAUCAUGUAUUUUGGGGUCUGUUUACUUCCAUAAUAAGAUACUGAAAGGAGUCACGAAGGAUGGUUCAUUGUACUCCAUUUUAAAAGUCUGUCAAGGUGAUGGCCCGUUGCAGAGAUGUCAGAAAAACCAAGACAAAUUUUUCAGGCAAGUAACGGUCAUCAACAACCAAACAGUGACUUUGGAUUCAGAUCAUACAUAUAAUGCAUUGGGGAAAAUAUUGCAAGAGUGCAUAGAGUCAGAUACUUCAAGACAAAGACCCCAUGACUAUUAUACAUUUAAAAAGAACUUGAAAUCUAAUACUGACUUGCCUAGUUGUAAUAAGAGCAGUUCAAGAAAAAACCCUAAUGACAGCUUUGGAUGUGGGAAGUCAUCUAUCCAUGGUGUGUCCAGUUCUGAUCUUGAGAAAAGUCACAGUGGAGUAAUUCCCUAUGACAGUAAUAAGUGUGGAAACAUUUUCAGCAAUAAACAAUCUGAUAUUCAGUAUCAGAAUGUUGAGAUUAAGGAGAAAACCUGUGUCUGUAUUACAUGUGGAAAAGCCUUUGCUAAGAAGUCGCAGCUGAUUGUACAUCAACGAAUUCAUACUGGGAAGAAGCCAUAUGAUUGUGGUGCAUGUGGGAAAGCCUUCAGUGAGAAGUUUCAUCUCAUUGUACAUCAGAGAACUCAUACUGGGGAGAAACCUUAUGAAUGUUCUGAAUGUGGGAAAGCCUUCUCUCAGAAAUCAUCCCUCAUUAUACAUCAGAGAGUUCAUACCGGGGAAAAACCAUAUGAAUGUAGCGAAUGUGGGAAAGCCUUCUCCCAGAAAUCACCCCUCAUUAUACAUCAGAGAAUCCACACCGGAGAGAAACCUUAUGAGUGUAGAGAAUGUGGUAAGGCCUUCUCCCAGAAGUCACAGCUGAUUAUACAUCACAGAGCUCAUACAGGAGAGAAGCCGUAUGAGUGUACUGAAUGUGGGAAAGCCUUCUGUGAGAAGUCUCACCUCAUUAUACAUAAAAGAAUUCACACUGGGGAGAAACCCUACAAGUGUGCUCAGUGUGAGGAAGCCUUCAGCAGAAAGACAGAGCUCAUUACGCACCAGUUAAUUCAUACUGGGGAGAAACCUUAUGAAUGCACCGCAUGUGGGAAGACCUUCUCCCGAAAGUCACAGCUCAUCAUACAUCAGAGAACACAUACUGGAGAGAAACCCUAUAAAUGCAGUGAAUGUGGGAAAGCCUUCUGUCAGAAGUCACACCUCAUUGGACAUCAGAGAAUUCACACAGGGGAAAAACCUUAUGUUUGUACUGAAUGUGGGAAAGCCUUCUCUCAAAAGUCUCACCUCCCAGGACAUCAGCGGAUUCAUACAGGAGAGAAACCUUACAUGUGUGCUGAAUGUGGAAAAGCCUUUUCCCAGAAGUCAGACCUUGUUUUACAUCGAAGAAUUCAUACUGGGGAAAGGCCCUACCGGUGUGCUGUGUGUGGGAAAGCAUUCAUCCAGAAGUCACAGCUCACUGUACAUCAGAAGAUUCAUACCAGUGGUAAAAUCAUAAUGAACUAAACACAGACAAGCCUUUAGUAUUAGCUCAAGCCUUAAUAAAUAACAGGAACUGGAUUAAUUUGAUAAAUUUGUGGAAGACAUCUUUUUUAUUUUUAUUUUUAUUUUUAUUUUUGUGGAAGACAUCUUUAUAGAGAAAAUUUUACAAUUCAUGUCUAUAGUGUGAUACCUAACUCAGCAAAGAUGAUGGAAAGUAUUUACAUAAGUGAAGGACAUUUUCACCAUGGCAUGUAAGACUUUCAGAGUUAUGAACUGAGUAGUCAGUAGAACAAAUUAUGUGUAUAGAGUAUUGUCAAGUUACAUAUUCCUUAUUAUACCACAUAACAAUAAACAGAUUGUGAAAUUGCUUGGCAUAAUUUAGGCUUUAUACAGUAAUUUGCCAUGAAGGACAUGAAGAAAUCCUGAGUUAAAAAAAUCAGUUCCUAGAAGUUGCAUUAUAAAGAGGGGCUUAGCAUGACCCCUGAAGUUUCAUGUCAAAUUCUUGGACAGAGAUGGAGAGAUAGGUUCAGUAUUGAUCAGAUCAAUAAAGGUGGUAAUUAUGCAUUUUCCCAUGUCAAGCAUAUAAGUUGACCUCUAUCUCUGGAAGGAUCCUGGACCUUGAAAUUGAUGCUUCUUGACCAGGUCUCCCCUUUACUCUGCCUUACUGGGAAUUUGGUAUGAUGAAAAGACUUUGAUACUGAACCAGAUGGUCUGGGUUUUAAUCCUGGCUCAACUGCUCAAAAGACUGUGUGACUUCAGGCAAGCCUACUUUACCCACCUGAAUAUUCUUAUUGAUAAAUAGAAGUGCAAUGUAGAGCACAUUUUCAGUUAAUAUUAGUCAUUUUUGUCUUCCCUCUCUAUCCUCCUGUAACAGGAUGCUAAGACUAAUGUAUAAAAGCCACAACUUGCUUUGCAGUCCAGACACUCUGCUUUUAUAUCUUAUUCCUAUGACUGAUUCAUUUUACUGUCUUUGACCCUGGUGGCCUUGAUUCUUGCCCCAACUGUUUUCCCUGGGAACCGAGGAUACUUACAGAGGAAAACCCUUGGGACAUUGGCUCCAUAUUUUGUUGAGAUGAUCAAGAGGAAGUCUAAUCUAGUGCCUCAUACUGCUUUGGGAUUCCUUACCUAAGGAGACCCUUGGAGAGCUCCCAUACGGCUGUCUGAAGAGUGUCAUACCAUCCAUAAUUACACCUGACCAAGGAUCCAGCACCAUGGAGAAGACGUAUGAUUAUCCUGAAACUGCAAUACUUUUAAGGAAGCCUGUGCGAGCCGCCUGGAGAGAUCACAUGGAGGAGAACCAAAGUGCUCCGAAUGAUAGCCUCACAUGAGAUUCCAGCCUCAGCAAACACCAACUGCCACCAUCCUGGAUGUUCCAAACCAGUUGAGACUUGAGAUGACUGCAGCCACAGCUCACAUCAUGUAGAGAAAAACUAUUCAGAAAUUUGAAGUUCCACACGUGUUCUCAUCAAGAACAGUGAUGCCAGAGUGGUCCACCUGGUAUGUAAAGAUGCAGGAUGGUACCCAGAGCCUGAAGCAAGCUGGAGAGACCUCCAAAGACAUAGUUUAAAGCCACACUCUGAAAAUAACAGAGUAAAUGAGAGAGGCCUGUUCUCCAUUGAGCUUUCAGUCCUGGUAACUGAACUCAAAAAGAUUGUGCCUGGUUCCAACCUCAGUUCCAGGCUCAACCAGAAAAGGAAACUGUUUCUGUUUCAGCUCACAGUAAGUUUAUUGUGUCUUCAGGACCCUACAAUGUAGACUCCUCUCCCAGAGAAGGGUCUUUCAGAGACAAGGAA